GCCGAGCCCCCAGGUAGCUCCGCGCGCACAGCCGGACCGUCAUUGACGCCAUGAGCGCGCUGCUGCGGCUACUGCGCACGGGUGCCCCAGCUGCUGCGUGCCUGCGGUUGGGGACCAGUGCAGGGACCGGGUCGCGCCGUGCUAUGGCCCUGUACCACACUGAGGAGCGCGGCCAGCCCUGCUCGCAGAAUUACCGCCUCUUCUUUAAGAAUGUAACUGGUCACUACAUUUCCCCCUUUCAUGAUAUUCCUCUGAAGGUGAACUCUAAAGAGGAAAAUGGCAUUCCUAUGAAGAAAGCACGAAAUGAUGAAUAUGAGAAUCUGUUUAAUAUGAUUGUAGAAAUACCUCGGUGGACAAAUGCUAAAAUGGAGAUUGCCACCAAGGAGCCAAUGAAUCCCAUUAAACAAUAUGUAAAGGAUGGAAAGCUACGCUAUGUGGCAAAUAUCUUCCCUUACAAGGGUUAUAUAUGGAAUUAUGGUACCCUCCCUCAGACUUGGGAAGAUCCCCAUGAAAAAGAUAAGAGCACGAACUGCUUUGGAGAUAAUGAUCCUAUUGAUGUUUGCGAAAUAGGCUCAAAGAUUCUUUCUUGUGGCGAAGUUAUUCAUGUGAAGAUCCUUGGAAUUUUGGCUCUUAUUGAUGAAGGUGAAACAGAUUGGAAAUUAAUUGCUAUCAAUGUGAAUGAUCCUGAAGCCUCAAAGUUUCAUGAUAUUGAUGAUGUUAAGAAGUUCAAACCGGGUUACCUGGAAGCUACUCUUAAUUGGUUUAGAUUAUAUAAGGUACCAGAUGGAAAACCAGAAAACCAGUUUGCUUUUAAUGGAGAAUUCAAAAACAAGGCUUUUGCUCUUGAAGUUAUUAAAUCCACUCAUCAAUGUUGGAAAGCAUUGCUUAUGAAGAAGUGUAAUGGAGGAGCUAUAAAUUGCACAAACGUGCAGAUAUCUGAUAGCCCUUUCCGUUGCACUCAAGAGGAAGCAAGAUCAUUAGUUGAAUUGGCUUUGGUAUCAGGAUGAUGCUGGCCUCAUAAAAUGAGUUAGGGAGCCCGCAUCGCCAAGUCAAUCCUAAGCCAAAAGAACAAAGCUGGAGGCAUCACGCUACCUGACUUCAAACUAUACUACAAGGCUACAGUAACCAAAACAGCAUGGUACUGGUACCAAAACAGAGAUAUAGAUCAAUGGAACAGAACAGAGCCGUCAGAAAUAAUGUCACAUAUCUACAACUAUCUGAUCUUUGACAAACCUGACAAAAACAAGAAAUGGGGAAGGGAUUCCCUAUUUAAUAAAUGGUGCUGGGAAAAACUGGCUAGCCAUAUGUAGAAAGCUGAAACUGGAUCCCUUCCUUACACCUUAUACAAAAAUCAAUUCAAGAUGGAUUAAAGACUUAAAUGUUAGACCUAAAACCAUAAAAACCCUAGAAGAAAACCUAGGCAAUACCAUUCAGGACAUAGGCAUGGGCAAGGACUUCAUGUCUAAAACACCAAAAGCAAUGGCAACAAAAGCCAAAAUUGACAAAUGGGAUCUAAUUAAACUAAAGAGCUUCUGCACAGCAAAGGAAACUACCAUCAGAGUGAACAGGCAGCCUACAAAAUGGGAGAAAAUUUUCGCAAUCUACUAAUCUGACAAAGGGCUAAUAUCCAGAAUCUACAAUGAACUCCAACAGAUUUACAAGAAAAAAACAAACAACCCCAUCAAAAAGUGGGCAAAGGACAUGAACAGACACUUCUCAAAAGAAGACAUUUAUGCAGCCAAAAAACACAUGAAAAAAUGCUCAUCAUCACUGGCCAUCAGAGAAAUGCAAAUCAAAACCACAAUGAGAUACCAUCUCACACCAGUUAGAAUGGUAAUCAUUAAAAAGUCAGGAAACAACAGGUGCUGGAGAGGAUGUGGAGAAAUAGGAACACUUUUACACUGUUGGUGGGACUGUAAACUAGUUCAACCAUUGUGGAAGUCAGUGUGGUGAUUCCUCAGGGAUCUAGAACUAGAAAUUCCAUUUGACCCAGCCAUCCCAUUACUGGGUAUAUACCCAAAGGACUAUAAAUCAUGCUGCUAUAAAGACACAUGCACACGUAUGUUUAUUGCGGCAUGAUUCACAAUAGCAAAGACUUGGAACCAACCCAAAUGUCCAACAGUGAUAGACUGGAUUAAGAAAGUGUGGCACAUAUACACCAUGGAAUACUAUGCAGCCAUAAAAAAUGAUGAGUUCACGUCCUUUGUAGGGACAUGGAUGAAAUUGGAAAUCAUCAUUCUCAGUAAACUAUCGCAAGAACAAAAAACCAAACACCGCAUAUUCUCACUCAUAGGUGGGAAUUGAACAAUGAGAACACAUGGACACAGGAAGGGGAACAUCACACUUCGGGGACUGUUGUGGGGUGGGGGGAGGGGGGAGGGAUAGCAUUGGGAGAUAUACCUAAUGCUAGAUGACGAGUUAGUGGGUGCAGCGCACCAGCAUGGCACAUGUAUACAUAUGUAACUUACCUGCACGUUGCGCACAUGUACCAUAGAGCCUAAAGUGUAAUAAUAAUAAUAAUAAUAAAAAGAAAAAAAAAAAAAAAAGAAAAAUAGAGCUGUCAAAUCCCAAAUGCCUAAUCUCAAGGAGUACAAUUUUUAUGUUGUGUUACUGUCAUACCCAGAUUUAAAUCCUACCAUCCUCAAAACUAACGAUGGUUAAGGAUUUUUCUUUGUGGACAAGCUGAGUAGAGAUUUUAUUCUUUUUGAAGUACUUGGAAUAACUAAAGGAUGUUCUUAGAACCUGUGAUUUUAGGCCAGGCACGGUGGCUCAUGCCUGUAAUCCUAGCACUUUGGGAGACCAAGGUGGGAGGAAAGUUUGAGCCCAGAAGUUCAAGACCAGCCUGGGCAACUUAGCGAGACUCCAUCUCUAAAACAAACAAACAAAAAGAUAAAAAUUGUAAUUUAAAAAAUCAAACGAAGUCUGUUUGUUCAGCUUUUUUCCUAAAACAGAAUAGAAAGAGUAAUAACUUUGAACUAUUUAUGAUUUGGGGGAAUUUAUUAGGAUUCUCCACAGAGUCAGAACCAAUUGGAUGUGCAUAUAUACAGAAAGAGAUUUAUUAUAAGGAAUUGGCUUACAUGAUUAUAGUGGCUUGGCAAGUCCAAAAUCUGCAGUUGGGCUGGCGGGCUGGAGAC